GCAUAUUCUGUGGCCUAUAGGGAAUUGAUAACAACUGUACACAAAAAUUGGCAUCGUCUCUCUCACACAAGCACCGCACUUAAAAAACUACUUUUUUUUUUACCUUUCUUAAAGCUUUCAUUGCAUGCUGAUGCUUCAGCCAUAACCAAAAGCACGAGCUUUAUGAGUGAUUUGCAAUACUUGGUGGUUGCUUAAGAAAGGAUGCCACAAACCAGCUAUGGUUUGCACUGCUAAUGAUUUAUCUACAUGGAAGGAUUUCCCAAAAGGUCUUAAAAUCCUUCUUCUUGAUGGAGACACCAAUUCUGCAAAUGAGCUAAAAUCAAAGCUUGAAGCUAUGGAUUAUAUUGUUUAUGCUUUCCAUGACGAAAAUGAAGCUAUUUCGGCGGUUUCGAGUAGACCUGAAAGCUUCCAUGUAGCCAUUGUAGAGGUUAGUACAGACAAUAACAAUGGGAGUUUCAAGUUUCUUGAAACGGCAAAGGACUUGCCUACCAUUAUGACUUCGAACAUUCAUUGUAUUAGCACCAUGAUGAAGUGCAUAGCGCGUGGUGCGGUUGAAUUCCUUAAGAAACCACUUUCUGAGGAUAAACUAAGGAAUAUAUGGCAGCAUGUGGUUCAUAAGGCAUUCAAUACAGGAGGGAAUGACCUUACUGAAUCACUAAAACCAGUUAAAGAGUCCGUGGUUUCGAUGUUACAACAACAACCGGAAAAUCUAAAACCUAAAAACGAAGACUCGGAAACAACAGAAGAUGCAUCUAUGAUUCAUGAAAAUGACAGUGAACCACCUGCGGGUAAUGAUAAGUACCCGGCUCCUUCAACACCACAAUUAGAACAGGGAGGAAGAUUGUUAGACGAUAGAGAUUGCCAAGAUCAUACUCAUUGCUCAAUAGAAAAAGAGAGCGGGGAUCAAGAUGGAGAAACCGAAUCUGUCGAAACUACCGGUGGCAAUACAACUGCAACAGGUGGCCAACCUCGGGGACCGAGUGAGACCAAUGUAAAAGAGGAGGAUGACUCAGUUGAUGGUACCAUGGGCGAGAGUCCACAAAACCGAGUAGAUAGCAAAGGUUCUGAUGUUGUUGCUGAAAAGCCAAGUUCAUGUCCCGAUAAAGCUAAUCGGAAAAAAUCAAAGGUAGAUUGGACACCCGAACUGCAUAAGAAAUUUGUUCAAGCAGUGGACCAACUUGGUAUCGAUCAAGCUAUCCCGUCUCGAAUACUAGAGCUAAUGGAAGUAGAAGGCUUGACGAGGCAUAAUGUGGCAAGUCAUCUCCAGAAAUAUCGAAUGCAGAGGAGACACAUUUUACCUAAGGAUGAUGAUCGAAGAUGGCUACAAAGACCUCAAACGCAAAGAAUUUGUAAUUAUCCGCAUAAACCGAUCAUGGCCUUCCCUCCAUAUAACCAUGUCCCGGUUGGUCCAGUCUAUCCCAUGUGGCGAGCACCUUCUCAUCCACCCACCAUCCAGAUGUGGGGCACCCAAGGUUACCCCCCAUGGCAACCAACCGAAAGUUGGCAUUGGAAGCCCUAUCCCGGGGUGCAGGCUGAUGCAUGGGGUUGCCCGGUUAUGCCGCCACCUCAAGGAUAUUUCUCUACAUUCCCUCAAAAUGCGUCCGGAUUUCAACCGUGCAACGUGGACAAAAGAAAUGGCAUGCCGCAAACCUUAGCUGAACAUCAUCCGGAAGAGGAGGUGAUUGACAAGAUGGUGAAAGAAGCAAUAAACAAACCAGGGCUACCAUUGCCAUUAGGUCUAAAGCCUCCUUCCACUGAUAGUGUUCUUGCUGAACUUUAUAGACAAGGCAUCUCCACCGUCCCUCCUCACAUCAACGCCUCCGACCGUUAGUUCAUGUUGACACGAAACAAUAGCUUUUGAGAUUUUUUCCCAAAUUUUAGAACUGGAAAGCACGUGCCUUUGAAACGCGUGGUUCAAUGUUUUUCUUUCUUUUGUUGAUAACAUCAUUUCACACGUGGACACGAAGUAGGAAAAAGGAGUUUGUUAAAAUAUGUCAUAAGUCCCCAUACUUGUUGUAAAUUUAUUUUUUAAGAAUUAGUUCUGUUUUA